AUGGAGAUAGACGAACAGAAUCAUGGAAAACAUUCUACCGAACAGAAAGAGGAAAAUACUGUUAUUCCUAGUACUGCCUUUGUUGUAGAUCAGAUUGACAGUACAAACUUCGCCAACACAAUGAAUGAUAAAUCUAUAAGCAAGGAACAAUCAAAGUUGGCAGGCAAUUCGCAUAUAAAAAGAUGCAAAAGGCUUUUGUCAGCAAAAGAUCACUGGUAUACUGACCCAGAUCAAUUAGAAUACUUAAAUGAUUGCAGGUUACGCGGAGCUUUGCCAUCAGGAUACUUCAUUCGCCAUCUAAAGGACGAGAGCAUAAGCUUGAAAUAUAGCGUUUUAGGACUUAAAAAACUCAAGCCAAUUUUUUCGAGCAUUUCAAACAGUUUGAACAUAACUCAAUUAGAUCUUACGAACACCUGUCUUAACGAUGAGUGUGUUAAUCAUUUAUGUCAUAUGCUUCGAGAGAAUACUUUUAUAACUAAUCUAAAUUUAUCUGAAAAUCACCUAACUUCUAAAUCAGCUGAGUACCUUUGUGAAACACUCGCGUUAUCAACAGAACUCUUGCAACUAAAUUUAAGGAAAAAUUUAUUCGAUGACAUUUCUGGAAAAUUUUUUUCAGAAUUGAUUACGACUACACGAAAAUUGAAGUAUAUGAAUAUUUCUUAUAAUGAUUUGGGUGAAUUAUCUUGUCAAUAUAUUGGAAGAGCAUUGCCACAAGCGACAACGUUAACAGAAUUCGAUUUAAGUUGGAAUAGAUUGGGAAGGGGAAAAAUGAAUAUUUUUGGUAAAGGUCUAGCUGAAAAUAUUAAUUUGAAACAUCUCAACUUAUCUGCCAAUGGAAUCGGUCCAAAGAAAGGAUGUACAGAUUUAGCUUAUGCAUUGAAAAAUAACCUAACACUAGAGACAUUAGAUUUAAGGGACAAUAGAAUAAAUCCAGAAGGUUCUGUAUUGCUAAGUAAAGGCUUCUAUGUGAACUCAACGUUAACUUGUUUACGAAUGGCAAGAAAUCCAAUGCAAACUGCUGGUUGUUAUGCUAUUUUAACAGGAGUUCUAAAAAAUCCAAACUGUGGAUUGUUGGAACUUGAUCUACAGGAUAUUAUAGUAAAUCAAGAUUUUCUUGAUUUACAAGAUUCAGCUCGAAUUAAACUUCCAAAUUUAUGUGUAAGAUAUGGCCAAGCAACAACUGAUAAAAUUCGGGUACUGUCACCACGUUUUAAAAGAUCUGAAUAUAGUCCAAAAGAAAUAUUGAUCAUAAUGGGACGUUCAACAAAACAGAGUUUAGCUGAUCUAUUACGUCCUUUGGAUAUUGUUGGUAAUAAAACUAUUACAAGACAACUGUUCGUGAAAAUUCUAAAUAUUUACAUGACGAGACUUGGAAUACAAUUUACUGAAGAACAAAUGAAAGUAUUAAUGCAAGAAUUAGAUCCAAAGAAUCUAGAAGAGGUUAACUUUACAGAUUUUGAAUUAUAA